GCGGCAGAUGCCUUUGCUGAGGAGGCCCAGGGCCAAGAGGCAGCAGAGGCGGAGGCCGAGGAGGAGGGCCAAGAAGAGGCCUGGAGCCAAGGUGCCGGUGACUGGGAAGAAGCAGAGGAGGGAGAGCCAGAGGAGGAGGGAGAUUGGGCGGACACCCCGAAGCUGAUCCCAGCGGUUCACAACAAGAUCCUUUCGAUGAACAAGUCCGGAACGCUUUGCACGAAGAUCGACCUGGCGAAGGUGGGUCGGAACGUGGCCCGCCUCUCUGAGCCCAUCGCAAUGCAGCUCCUCAAGGACGUUGAGAGCACUGCCGACAUGGUAGACAAGCCAAACGCCCUGAUCGCUGAUGCCUCCAAGAAAAUUUUCGAAAGCGGCCACGGAGAUGCCGGCAAGAAGAUUGCUGAACAGAUCGGCAUCCUGAUGAGGCGGAUCCGAUGGAUAAACACCAACAUCUCCCUCGCUUUUCCCCUUCACAUGGGAAAUGUCCUUGCCAUCCUGCAGGAUCUCCAACAUUCAGAUGCUUUGCAGGUCCUCAAGUCCCUGGUGGAGCAAGCCGAGGAGAUUGAGAGUCCGCAGGGAUUCGUUCGGCGCGAAGCUAGAAAGAUGCAGGACAAGAGAAAAGGCAAAGGGAAGGCGAAGGGAAAGGGGAAGGCCAAGACGAAGAAUGGUACUGGUAGUAAGUUUAGCAACCAGUACCAGUCUUCGUCUUGGAAUGGCAAAGGCCACAGCACCAGUAAUGGUGCUGGAAAUAACGGCAAAGGCCAUGGCGCCGGUAAGAGCAAGGGCGCUAAUGGCAAAGCCGGAAGCAAAGGGCGAAAAGGGAAGCUGACAGCCUCCGAAGAGAAAGUGGCAAGAACCGUAGCCUUCGUCAACAAGCAUGGAGGACUAGCUUCAAAUUUCAGCUACGAAGAGGCCAAGAGUCACUUGGACCUUGUCGAUGAGAAGACGCAGCUGAAGGUGCUCGAAACCCUCAAACAGGAGGCAUCCGUCAUCGAGCAUCCGCUUAAGUGGCUCAGACUCGCGUGCCAGAAAUUUGCUGACAUGCAUCGGAAAAAGUUCGCCAAGCGACGCAACAGAGGCAAGGGCGCUGGGAAGAGUGCGAAGCGGCAAAAGACCGGUGAGGAGCCCGAGCUCGAGGAUGGCGAAUGGGAGGUGGCCGAGGAACAAAUUGGAGAACCCGACGGAGAGACCCUGGACUGGUCAGAGAUCCCCGAGGAGGACGUCUAUGCACACCUGGGCAAGGUCAUCGACAGAGUGGUCCUGCAGCGGCUGAUGUUGCUCGCCAUCAUCCUCUGCUGGAAACAAGAGUCAAAGCCGUCACUAAAGAGAUCUUUAUCGUUUCUAGCUGUGGAUUUCGACGUCCUCUUGAGUGAUCCGACAACUGGGUUGUACUUCGGCAUCAGCCAAGAUGGUGCUUUCACCCCAAUGAUGACAGUGAAGGCAUAUGUUGUGCCUUUUACUUUGUUCACGUACAAAGGCGACUUUCAUGUCGAGUUGGAGUCGGCCCUGGGUCAUCUCUACACGAUGGACGGAGGUCACAUGGGUCUUGCAUACAGCAAGUGUGACGCAGAAGGCUAUUUCAUUUACCAGAUUCGUUCUGGCUUUCAUCUCCAGCGUAUUGAUGGACCGCUCUCCUUGGUGCACACUGACCAGGGUGAGCCGCUGAUUCUCGAGUUUCCGACUGGCCUGAAUCAUAGCGUUCCCUUCAACGGGAUCGAGAAGGUUCUGAGUAGCUUCGUCAAGGAGCAGGCACUCACCGCGCCGCCGGUGGAUGCCGGAGCUAUGCCAGAGGCGGAGGACAUCGCCAACCGCGUCAAGAAGCUAAGGUUGCUGGACGAGGCCCCAGCUGAGGAGGGUGCACCGAUCCAAGUUUGCACGUACUCCCGCCCUGGCCUCGCUCGCCCAGCCCAGCUACAGUACCUAGUUCUGAUUCAAGACCUCGGUGCGAUGACGCUCCUUCCCAAUGCUCAGGAUGACUGUUCUUCUGCCAUCUUUGACUUGCUAGCGCAGUUCCUCGACCUGUGCCACUUCAACACAGCUGCCGCUGCGAUCAAGGCCCAAUGUCGAGAGAAGCCUCCACCCUUCGACGCCCACUUGGUGAAGUCCUUCAAGGCUCACCUGGACAACUGCGCACUCUUGCUAGCCGAUCUCGAGGCUUUUCAGCCGAAGCAGGUGGAUCCGCAGGAAGCUUCGGUGCACGAGCUGCUGGACACGCUCCUUCGCAAGCUCAUGGCUACCGGGCAAUCACUUUCGGACGAGAAGCUCUUGACCUGCAUUGAUGGGGCCUUGAAGAGCAAUGCCUUUCCCAAGUUCGCCCUCAAGGACGGCACGGAGGGCAAAGAGGGCAGCACGCUCGACAUCCUGAAUACCAGCGAUGUGGAUGCAUACAGGUUCUGGGAGAGCAUCUCGAAGGAGACGUCCAAGACGGAGGUCCCAGUGCUACCCGAGGCUGCAGAGGCCCAGCCUGCUGUGGAGCCCACGCCAGCUCCCACCCUGGCACAGCCUGAAUCGUCUGCGCACUAUCCGCCCAAGCGCAGAAACGCAACUCAGCAGGAGGCUUGGGACGUCAACGACGAGUAUCACGACGAUGAAGAUCCGGGUUAUCGAAUUCGAGAGAUCUACGAGGCAGAGCUGCUCGCUGAGCUCUCUCAGAAGCUGGGUCCGGCAAAGUCGGAGACCACUCCGGCAGGGGACGAGUUGAGCACUGCCGCGGCGGAGCAAGGAGCAGAGGUCUCGGAGGCGGCCAAUCCUCAGUCCCCAGAGCCAGGAUCUGACUCUCGCACGCGGGCUGCAGGGGAGGACGCGGUCAGUGAGGCCUUGGGUGCUACUCCACAAGGAGGCGGCGACAGGGAGCCGCGCUCGGCUUCACCAACAUUUGGUGGUGCGCCUGUUGAUGAGCCGGUGGAGGAUCCCACGGUCAGUGCACCACCACCUGCCGCAGAAGGAGGCGGAAGUCCUUUGAGUGCUGGUGUGCCGCAAGAUCUCAGCUUCCCACAGACACCGACAGACCAGGUCUCCAAGGAGCUCAUAGCAGUCGCAUCAAGGCGCCAAAGCAAAGGGAAAAGUCACGAAGGCCACAUUGAUGGGGCUUCGUCGCUCCUUGCGCCGAGAACACGAGAGCAGAGAAAUGUGGGUAGCCCCAGCGGGCGAGUUCGCCUGUCUCCGGCCCUGGGAAACGGAGAAGCAGAGCUAAAGUCUUCAGCCGCCAAUGGAAGGAAGCACUUCAAAAGGGCGGAGCUUGAGAUGCCGACGCUUCAAGAGCAUGUGAAGGACACCUCGAGCCGAACGCCGAAGCAUACGAAUGGCGUUGCCAGAAAAGCUCUCUCUGUGGAGAGUGACGGUGGCGCUGGUGCUAGUCACGGCCGUCUGAAAAGGAAGGCCAUGGCCACAAAGACAGUGGACAGGACGCUGGUGGUUGAAGACGAUGACGAAGUUGAACACUUCGAACAAGGUGAUGCCGACAACGAUGUCACUGUCACCGACGUCACAGCGAUGCAGAGAGGUUCUGUGCUGUGGCAGGACUCACCUCGCAGGACGAGGAGGCGGAUCCGGAAGCGGCUGCGUUUGCAGGAAUCCUUGCUUGGUGGCGUGAUCGAUGCCGACCUCGAGCAGGAGCAGCAGUACCUGCACAACGGCGAGAGGUGGUUAGAGAAAGCCGUGGACGUCGACCAGGCUUGGGAUGAGCCAGAUGGCGACGUCUGCGAAGAGCCCGAAGAGGAGCCGGAGGAUUUGGAGAACUUGGAGGAGCUUGAGGAGGAGGUGGAGUAUCUCCCUGAUGAGGAAGUAGAGCUGGAAGAAGGGGAAGAGGAACCGGAGGCUGUGGAUGAUGUGGAAGUGGACGUGGAGGAAUGGGAUGUCGAAGCGAGGGAGUUGGAGGCAGAGGUGAGCAACAAAGAGGCCGGCCAUGUGAAUGGCAAUGCCGUGGCGUCCAAACGGCACCAGGCCUCCUUGGUUCCGGCUGCAGACAUUGCGCCGAACCAGGACUCCAAGCCUCGAAAACGCGCGAAACUCGUCCCAGAGAAGAGCCAGGCAGCUCCCAAGGUUGUGCGGCUGCGCAGCAGGCCACAGCUGGUGCCGGCAGCGCCGUCUGAGGCUGGCUCGAAGAAGGCGACCUUGCCGAAGCAAGCGCACUACAUUCCUCCACACGAGAAGCGACGUCACUUGGAGCUGGCCAAGUGGAAGGAGACCAAGGCUGCAUGGCAUCGCAAGCUGCAAGAAGAGGAAGCACUGGGAAACAGGCCGAAGCAAAAGAUGGGUCCCAACAUCCGGGCGUUGGCGCGGCGCUUCGAGGCGACGUUGGAGAAGCCAGGGUCCUGCUGCUUGAACCCGCUGCAGAAAGAUGACUGCAUAGAAGUCUCCAAAGAUGGGCUUCGCGCCAUGUGCGAGCCGUCUGCGAGCACAGGGCCAAGCCCAAGCCGUGCAGCCUCUGGUGGUAUCAAGGGAUUGCCCCUGGUCGCCGGCGGCCGCUAUCAGUUCGAGGUGGAGUUGCGCCGUGGGGGCUCCUUAACAAUUGGCUGGAGUGCC